CGAUAAUCUUUAUCCAUCGAACGAACAAAUCGCAUCAAGUUCUCUUGUUUCUAACGCACGCGGUACAUAUCACAAAGGUCGAAGGAUCACGGCAAGGAUGUAUUAAGGAGAGGAAGCAACCAGGUGUCACGCCCAGGAAGAUCUAUGGGCCGUAAACAGUGGUGGCGAGGAGGCUCGAUACUGUUAGUGCUCUUCAUUCUCCAUCACGUAAUUCUAGGUGAUGGUGAUGUCGGGUGCCUGUUCAGUGAGAGCCUCUGCGAUCCCCGAACGGAAACGUGUUACAAUGAUCUCGCGUUUGGCAAAUGUUUGCCAUUAUACACUGACCUGAACGAUGAAGAUUAUUAUCAAUAUAAUUUCAACGUUGACGAAUUGGAAUUGCUAAGAUUGCAAUUAGAGAGGCUGCAAGUCGAUGAAUACAAAUGGUCUCAUCCCUACACUCAAUGUAUAAUGCAAAUGACCUUGUACAAUUUACGCUACUGGGAAAACUACGAUCUUCGACUCUGUCAGCAUUUAAAGCAACGUACGCAUUUUGAAAAUAAGAAUGAAAUCGACCAGGCCAAAGUACCCACAAUAGCCAUAGUAAAAUUCACGCCCAAUAAUGGCAAGUUCAACAGCCAAUUCGCCAAUGAGCUCUAUUACCCUCCUGGUACACAAAAUCAAUAUUUCCCUGAUUCAUUCUAUAAUGACGAAUUCUCUCGAUCGCCAUACAAGGAACAAUUCAGAGAAAUCGAUUCCCAAUUCUACAAACCGAGGUACAAUCCGAAUUCUCACAAUGAUUAUGACUCUUCGAUGAACGAAAAAGAUUAUGGAGAAAAUUAUGACAAAAGUAAUUUGCGUAAGAAUCCAACGACUUUUGAUGGAGUCGUUGAAAGACUGUCUCGAACUAGACGUCAACCUGUCUUGUAUAAUUUACAAGACUACAACGACAAUGCAAUGGAAUCGUUUGAAAACGAUUUGAAUGAGAGGAUAUCGAAGAAAUUUUCAGAUCUAGAAUUUUUAAUUAAAGACGAAUCUGAAGAUUAUUCCGAUAAAAAGGAAGUUGCGGACGAAAGUCCGAAUGUCGAGUAUGAGACAGUGUUUUCGGAAAAAUACAAACCUAAGAAAUUUAGCGAGACAUCGGACGAAAAUGAGCGUUUUCUGGAAAAUAUGAAACACAAUUCGAAAGAUAAUUACGAUAGUGAUGAUUAUGACGAUGUGAACGAUGAAGAGAUAGUACCUCAGAAGGAUAGCUCGUCGAUGGAAAAUGGAAUAUAUACCGAAGGAGGACUUAUACAGGCUGCUGAUAAAGCUAAUGUUGAUACUGACGAAAAUGCCUACAAUUUAUUUGCCCAUGAUAUAAGUGAACUCCUUCGGAAGCACGGAUUAGCUGGCUUUAAACGUGGGGAUGUUAAGAAACCAGGACCGCCGUUUUCAACAAAUAACUAUGCGUUUAAAACUUCAUCCCCAUCCAUUUCAGAAAAUGAAAAUCGUUCUGAUUCUAUCGAAACUGGGCAAGAUAAUAAUGUAUUACUUACCCCGUAUGUGAAAAAAGAAGUAAAGCAACAAACAGAUUCAAAAUCGUACAACGUUGAUCUGGAUCAUGUUUACGUUGAAUUUCAGAAACCAUUUCACAGAUGGUCGGAAGGUGAACAUGUCGUCGAAGAGGUGGAAAAAUUAUUGGGACUAUCAUCUGGCUCUUUAAAAGAUAUUCGUGUUGGCCGUGCGGAAGUGACGUUCAAAGUCGUCAAAAAUAAUAAAGAUUAUAGCGCUACCGACGUAGUUAAUAACAUAGAUGACAUACGUGGGAAAUUGAAAAAUUCUUUGGGUGUUGAGGUGAUUCGUGCAGGCAUAGGUGACAAGAUCAAGCUACCCGCAACGCUGGAAGUUGUUAAAAAAGCUGAAAUGAGUUCGACUGUGUUCGGUGCAAUAAUAACUGCAGGCGUCAUAGCUAUUGUAGCUGCAAUAGUCACAUUGGUAAUCGCUCGUCGACACGCUAAAGCUGGAGCCAAAUUGGCAGGACUAACUACACCUGAUCCGGAAGCAUCGAAGGAUUACCAAGAUUUAUGUAGAGCAAGGAUGCAUGCUAAACAACCGGCAGAUAAACCAGAAUCACCGCGAAUUACGAAUUUAAGCAGGGAAAAUGAGUCAAAUAAUUCGCCAUCAAAUCGAUCUAGCACAUCCUCUUGGGGAGAAGAACCGGCUCCUUCGAAUAUGGACAUAUCAACCGGACAAAUGGUUCUAAGUUACAUGGAGGAUCAUCUAAAAAACAAAGAUCGAUUGGAUCAAGAAUGGGCCGCAUUAUGUGCUUACGAGGUGGAUCCUUCUUCGACUGAAAUUGCACAAAGCGAAGCGAAUGCCAAAUGCAAUCGGCCUGAUGCAGCGAUUCCCUACGAUCACUCCAGGGUGAUUCUAAAUGAUCUCGCUAAUGUCAAUAACUCCGACUAUAUUAACGCCUCUACAAUCAAAUCGACGGAUCAUGAUCCUCGUAAUCCAGCUUACAUUGCCACACAAGGACCACUACCAGAAACGACGGCUGAUUUUUGGCAACUAGUUUGGGAACAAGGCAGCGUUGUAAUAGUGAUGCUAACUAGACUUACCGAAGAGGGUAUCGCCAUGUGUCAUCGUUAUUGGCCCGAAGAAGGAUCAGAAUUAUAUCAUAUUUACGAGGUGCACCUUGUGUCCGAGCAUUUCUGGUGCGAUGACUAUCUGGUGCGUUCCUUCUACUUGAAAAAUCUACGUACCGGCGAAACAAGAACUGUAACUCAAUUCCAUUUCUUGUCCUGGCCCGAGAACGGUGUGCCACACUCCAUCAAGGCUCUUCUUGAAUUCCGCCGAAAAAUUAAUAAAUCCUAUAAAGGCAGAUCCUGCCCUAUAGUUGUGCAUUGCAGUGAUGGUGCUGGGCGUACUGGUACAUAUUGUUUAAUUGACAUGGUUCUGAACCGUAUGAUGAAAGGAGCCAAAGAAAUCGACAUUGCAGCUACAUUAGAACAUAUAAGAGAUCAAAGACCUGACAUGGUUGCGACAAAGCAACAAUUUAAAUUUGUUCUCAUGGCAGUGGCAGAAGAAGUACACGCUAUCCUUAAGGCUUUACCUGUCCCCCCUACAGAAAAAUCUCUUUCAGGAAAUAAUUCUUCGACGAAGCAAGAUCAGUAAGAUUUGAUUCGAAUUCAAAAUUGCAGUCGCGGCGAGCAGAGGCAAAGAAUUAAUUAGAAUCUACCGGAGAAAAAAUGGCCAAAUAUUUCUAGUCGACCGUAAUCGUAUCAAAAGUCUAAAGUCCCUGUUAUAUCUUUUAUUUUCUAUAACUUUCCUCUCCUAAAUACUUUUGAACAUAUCCUUACAUCGUCUAAAUCUAUUACAAACUUUUAACGAACUUUGCUUUGACUAUACUUCACAGAAAACAUCGAAUUUUAGACCGUUUAAAUUAUAAAGAUAUUGUUUGUUUAUUUGUGUUACGAGAUAAAUAUAUACAUAUAAAUUAUAUUGCCGAAUAAUUAUUUUAAAGAAGAAUUUAUUGUGGCAAUCUAUAAUAUUUAAUUAUACAUCUAGUUUGACUACGGCCUACUUGAAUAGUCAAGUACAAGCAUAUAGAUUCGAAAGACUGAGCUAUGCAGCUGAUGGAAUUCUAAAUAUCGGCUAAUAACGGAAUCAUUUGUACUGUGAGUCCUUAUAUACUUGUCUUUCGUGGUACUCUGUCGUGAUCAAAUUUUAACGUAAUUUAUUGUUUUAUGAUGGAAAUAAAUAUUUACCUCCCCAUUAUGUAGCUCAGUCUUUAUGUAGUUCAUUACAUUGUUAAUUUCAUACGAUAAAAGUUUUAUUUUAAUUGGAUUAAAAAUACGUUGCUGCCUCUUAUGGACAAUUCUACUAACGUGCUUUACAAUAGCUUUAAAUAAGACACCAAAAAAUAUAAUAUAAUUCUAUCUGCUCAGUCAAUUCUAUCAAGUGUAUAUAACGUUGAUGAUCACAUUAAUUAAAUCACAUAUAAUUAUUGAUGCAUUUAAUUGAAUUUUCGUAUUUGGUUUAUUGAAUUGAUUUCUUUAGAAAAGAUUUUUAUAUACAAAACUUUAAUGAAAUUUUUAUGUUAGGAAUGCGAGAAUCUAAAUGCCCCACGUUAGAAAUUGAAAUCAGAAUUUUUAUACUAUUGUUACACGUUCUAAAGAGAAUGGAUUUUAAUGGAUUUUAAUACGGCUAUGACUGUUGCUUCCGUGAAAUGAAAUUUUAUUAAACGUUAAAUGUAAAGUUUCACGCGAGAACGUCGCAAGAAGCGUUAUUUAUUAGUCUUUUUUCUACGCAUACAGAAAUAAAAAUGAUCGAGCUGCACAAUAUUCACAUCAUAAUUAAGUAUCGUCAUUAUUAACAAAAAAAAAAAUAUUAUAACAAUGUUUUAUUGACGUAAAAUAUGAACUAGAAUAUGACCAUGUAACAUAAAUUUAAUGUUUUAAAUAUCGUGCAGAUAUGUUACUAUGAACAUGCUUCGUGAAUAAAAAGUUUAAUCAUUAAUAUCGUGAAAAUGAUGUUAGGCGGUAUAUAAAAAGAAAAAUAUACGCAUACAUGUUUGCACAAAUUGCCGGUGUCGAUAUGACGAACCGUACAUGGAAACGUCAUCCUUGUUUUAAAACUACGGCUCUGUUCAUUCUGUAGAUCCAGCCUCCCACAGGAUGAACAAGUUGUAUUUGUGAUCCCUUCCUCUUUAUUGUGCAGUACGAUUACAAACAAUGUUUUCUUCUCCACAUUUCAUAUGUUUACGUUACUUCCUUUUUUUGCUAAAUAGCGAUUUAAGAGACAGUCAUCAUCAUAUCAAUUACACAACAUUUAUUACGUAUUGCAAAUAAGUUAGAUUACAAAAGAAAUAAAUUUAAUAAUUACGUUUCCUAAUGUUGCUUCCAUUUUUAAAUAUGCUACAUUUUAAAAACCAAGUAAGAAAGUUCAAAAUCUUAAUUAUAACGACUUAUAUUUUGUGUUGAAUUAAUACAAGUGAUAUAUUGUGAACUCAACGUGAAAGUUUGCUUGACCAACAGAUAUGUUUUAUUAGUCUCUUUUAGCACAGAUUCAUAUAAAAGAUUCUAUAUUUUUAUGCGAAGGGAUGAGUCUAUAUAGAAUGAAAUAAUAUAUAAAUCUAUACUAUGUGUGCGCGUGUGUAUGUUACACAUACACUCAAAAGAUGUAAUACUAUAUGUGUUAUAAUAUAAUAAAUCAGUCUAUGUUCAAAUCAUAA